CGAGUCAUGACAUGGGUGUAUAAAAGCAUGUGGCGAGGGCUUUGUUUCCCCCACCGGGAAGGCAAGCACACUGGAGACUGGACUGGAGCUCAAGCACGCUCCGAACGAAACCACCUCCAGGAGUCGAGCCGUCGAGGUCGUCGCUGCCUGGCAGAUCGAGCUGGACUAUAUAUACCCUUGAAGUUGAAGUAUGAUGUCUGUGGUCAGCUUGGUGUAUGCCAGUAGUCCUCGCGGUAGCGGUUUUAUUGUUUACGCCAGCCCAGAAGCGUUUCUAGCCAUGACAUGCGAGCACGUCGUUCGUGGGUGUAGGGAACUCCAAAUCUUUUUCCCCGGCGAAACUAAAGCAUACAAAGCUAGAGUCCUGAGGCACGACCCAACAAUAGACCUUGCUUUAAUUUCCUUUCUCCCCGACGGCGAUUGCCUUCAACGUCGUGUCCCACUGAGGUUUGCGGACCUAAAUGCUCCACUAAAUUGUGGGGCAGUUCGGAUGAUAGGAUACCAUCAGGUUCCACAAGGCCGCCUUCUGAGCCCAGGAGUGUUCGACGGCAACCUCACGGUCCAAGAGGCCGACCAGACAGACGAUCCUGAAAUGAAAUUGAGGAGCAUCCAGUUUCUUAAUUGUAAUUACGCGUCCGAGCCUGGCACGUCAGGAGGCCCUAUUCUCAAGGGGAAUAGGGUUGUUGGGGUAAACUCUGAUUCUUUUGGAGGACACAAGUUUUCCAUCUCUGUCAUAGGUGUAUGCAACACACUGCGGAGGUGGCUUAACAUGGAAAAUAGCGGUGUUGGAAUCGAUGACAUGCUAGCAAUGCUUGCUCGGGAAUGAAGAAUCUAGCAGGACUGGUGAAAACUGCAUCGUCGGAGGCAACAUGAGAAGGUUCCAUGAGCACGGUUGCUCACUAAUAACGCAUGACCCAGGGGUUGUAGUUCUAGUGCACUCUACCACUAGUAUGUUUAGUUUGAUUUCUGGAUAUUUAGUAUUAUCAUUUGUAAUAUGUGCGUCUUUGUCAUGAUGUAACCCAUGAGCGUAUGUUAUGUGUAGUUUUAAUGUUC